AUGUCUUGCUGUGGAGGUUACCGCCAGGACUGCUGCAGUGUCCCCACUGGUCCAGCCACCACCAUCUGCUCUUCAGACAAAUGCUGCCGGUGCGGAGUGUGCCUGCCCAGCACCUGCCCCCACGAGAUCAGCCUUCUCCAGCCCGUCUGCUGUGACUGCUGCCCUCCCCCUUGCUGCGUGCCUGAACCCUAUGUGCCUUCUUGCUGGCUGCUGAACUCCAACCAACCCAGACCUGGACUGUAUGGAAUCAACCUGACCACCUUCACCCAGCCUUGCUGCGAGGGGGAGAGAGUGUGCGAGCCAUGCUGCUAA